UUUUACUUCCUCUUGUCUGCAGUCCCCGUUCCCUAACUCGGCCGCCGCCGCCGCCGCCGCGGUUGCGCUGCAGUCGCCCCGAGCCCAUCGCCAGCCGCGUUGAGGUAUACAAUGAGGCUGCUGCAAGCGGAAGAGCUAUUCCGGAAGGUUCUGGAGGGUGGGUCGAAGACGAAGGCGGCUCGGCUGCUCGGGCUCGACGUUGGCAGCAAGUACGUCGGGCUGGCCGUCUCCGAUGAGAAGAACAGGAUUGCUUUGCCUCUGAGUGUCUUGAGUCGGACAAAGACAAACAUCAACUUGAUGGCAGAUGAUUUCAAAACAUUGGCUUCAAAAUAUUCCCUAGCUGGGUUUGUUGUGGGCUAUCCAUUCAACCUUCAUGGUCAACACUCUCCAAAUGCAGUUCAAGUAAGGCUUCUUGCUGGAGAACUUUGUAAAACAGGGAAACUUGAUGAUCUGUGCUACACAUAUUGGGAUGAAAAUUUCACCUCAAAGUGUGUUGAAGCCCUCUUACAUCCUCUGAAUCUAAAAAACCAAGUUGAGGCCAAAACAAUAACAGAUAAAUUUGCUGCAGUUUGCAUACUCCAGGGUUAUCUUGAUAACAUGAACAGAAAAUUCAGACCUGCUGACAAAUCUGAAGCAUAAGGUGGCACCUAAUCUCCACUGAACUAAACCAAAGAGCAGGGGGUCAUCUUCUGGUUUGCCCGUGCGUGGUUCAUCAAGAUGUGAAUGGAGCUCCGAACCGGUGCUUCUGUUGGCAUCUCAUUAGUUUUAUGGACCCGGAGCUGACCACGGAGAGAUCAAACUACUAAUCGAUUGCCUGGCGCAAGCAGAUCUUGUGCUUAGCCGCUCAGGGCGAAAUCAUCAUAGAUGAUGCGAAAAUGCUGAGAACAUCUUCUGAUGCUGAAGUAAUGAGAACCUCCUGUUUUUAAACCCGUCAUCCGGGCCCUAUCAGCUGAUGAAAUUCCCCGAUGGGGACACCCGGAUAAUGCAGUAUGACUGUAUGAGGGCCCAUCGUUGCCACUGAUACGCUUGUCCAGUCCCAUUCCGUUCUUGUACUAUAACUUCCAUCAGACGACCAACACUACGCAUGCUUGGGUGUUCUUGCCCCAUUGCUUA